AUGUUCGAUCACUGUGAACGAGAUGAAAAGAAGGGAAAAGAACUGUCUCUGACUGCAGACGCCAACAGUCGUGUUAUGUCUACUACUUAUCUCACAAUUUCAUUCAAUGUUCGAUUAUGUUGCUUCUGGAUACUCAAACUUUGCUCACGGUUUCCACUUGAUCGCUACAUGGUUUAUGCUACUGCAGUAAUAUGUUCUGCAACACAAGAAGAACUUCUGCUCAGAUUACUUCUGCUCUUCUUUUUUUCUUUGACUUUCGCUACAACAAGAGUUUAUAGGAAUGUUCAUUUGUUUCUGUUCCACGGUCUUCUUAAUCAGUGGAACAAAUUAGCAAACCACGACAAUGUUAAAGUAAUUUUUAAAGUUUUAAAUGAUUUUUUAUUUGUGGAAGUUGAAGACGAUCAGUUUAUGUUCCUUUCUCUUAUGUUGAGUCAUGUCGUGCGAUAUAAACAGAAGCUUCAUUAA